GGACCUUGAAUUAACACGCAAACAAUAGCGGACCGAACACCCAAUAAACCGUACCACAUUAUUAUCUUCGGGGCAACGGGGUUCACCGGUCAGUUUGUUGUGGAUGAGGUCGCUCGUUGUGCCGCAGAGAGUCCCAGUGGGAGCUCUCUGAAAUGGGCCGUGGCCGGGAGAAGCAGACCGCGUCUGGAACUGGUGCUGACACAAGCCGCAGGGAGAUUGUCCAUAUCUGAGUUGAAGACAGACAUUGAGGUCAUUGUUGCAGAUGUGUCCAUUGAGGAAUCACUGGCUGUCAUGUGCCAGCAAGGAGAAGUGAUUCUUAACUGUGUGGGUCCAUUCCUGGAGCGCAUGCAGCAUGAGUACCAUAUUAAAGCCUUGAACAGAGGAGUGUAUGUGAUUGGCAGCUGUGGGUUUGAUUCUAUACCAGCAGACCUGGGGGUUCUCUAUACGCAGAGGCAGUUCAAAGGAACUCUGACAGCAGUGGACAGCUUCCUGAGAAUCAACAGUGGGUCAAAGGGUUUUGCUGGCCAUGAUGCCACCUCGCAGUCAGCUGUUUAUGGCUUUGCAGACCGCAGAACCCUCCAUCAGCUGAGAAAAAAGUUUGGCCACAAGCCCCUGCCUCUGGUAGGAGCCAAAGUUAAAAAGAGGGGGCUCGUGUUUUUCAGUAGAGAAAUGGGACAGUACGCCGUCCCAUUUAUUGGCUCUGACCCUUCGGUAGUGAAGAGAACACAGCAUUUCCUUUUCAAGGAGGAACAACUGUCACCGGUUCAGUACAGUGCCUAUGUUGGGGUUGGCAGCCUCUUUUCCAUAAUCAAGCUUUUUUGUGGAGGUCUACUCUUCUGGAUCAUGGUCAAAUUCCGCCUUGGCAGAAAACUUCUUACUACGUUUCCCUCAUUUUUCUCCUUUGGCUUUUUCACCAAGGCUGGGCCAGCCAUGACUCAGAUAGAAGAUACCUCCUUCAGCUUGACACUUUUUGGGGAGGGCUAUACAGAGGGGACAGAUCCCUCACAGGGAAGGCCCAAUGCAAAGAUCUGCACUCAAGUUAUAGGAGCAGAGCCUGGUUAUGUGGCUACAGUGUCUGCCAUGGUCCAAGCAGCUUUAACUUUGCUUAAUGAGCUGCACUCCCUCCCCAGGAGAGGAGGGGUUUACACCCCGGGGGCUGCCUUCUAUAAAACCAGCCUGAUCGACCGCCUACACAAGCAUGACAUCAGGUUCUCAGUCAGAAGCUGCCAGGAACUCUAACAGGAGCCACUGUAAAGGAGAAAUAAAUCGCACAAGAAAAGUGGAACCUGUCCCAGUUGCUACUACAGGGCAAGAAGAAAGAUGCAUCAUGGUCAUGUUUCCAGUUAUUAUUUUCAUGGGUGUUGAGAUUGUGUGAGUUUUUUUUUUAGGCAUUUGAGAGUUUUAGAUUUGACCUGGAAGUUGUUUUGGUUUCUUCUCCCAUUACCAUCAUGAAUAAUCCUAAAUGCAAUAAAAUACAGCACACGUUUUUGUGCAGUCAAAUCAAAAUGAAUUUCAAUGUCAGACUUUCACCCCGAGCAACUUCUGGGCACAGUUGAUGCGUUUUCUUUCAGUGAACAGCUUUCUCUCUUUGUACUUGUCUUUUCUGCCUCAUGUUUGAGUUGUUACACUUGAUAUUUCUCUUUCUGAACCCUUUGUUUGUGAUUCAUUCUGUCUCACUCUUUUUGCUUUCAUUCUAUGUCCUCUUUUCCUCCAGCUUUCCACUGAGAUGUUGUACGUUCAAAUGUUCACAUAACACAACAUGCUUCUAGUUUCAUAAGGCUCCCCUCCUCCAUAAUGCUCUCCUCCCUGGCAGAGGCAAGCAGAUUGUUUUGCUUUCAUUCUCUGACCUCUACCCCUCUCCCAUUACAUAAAUCUCACCUUCAGAUAGCAGAUCAAUCCACAUCCACACCCUCCUCAUUUUAGCACCAGGCAAUUAAAAGCAAAAGCAGUAGAAAGGAAAACAUGCUCCCAUAAUAAACAAUCUAGUCCAAAAAACAUCUAUGAUUAGCUGUUAAAAAAGAUUUUGUCUCAACCAUUUGGGAGAUGUAUUCUAGAAGAUGUAAAAAUAGUUUUCAGAUUAUAGAAAAAGCCAAAGGGUUCCUGGUUCUCGCUUAGAAAUCUUAAGAAAAUGUGAUGUUUGACUUUGGAGAACCAUAAAUGCGAUCAUGAGUAUCAUAAAGACCAUACCCACCCUUUCUCAAACCCACCGUCCACUAGC